CUCACACCUUCCGUUAUGACUAAGUGUGCCAAGAAAUAUCGAAAAGGAACUGUCAGACUGAUGACCAUGGAAAUGGUUGAACAGGAUGACAGUGCAGUGGAUUCUAUGACGGAAAGAAGUGCUGGUCACCUUCAGAAUCAGCCAGGCCAAAGUCAGAUUUCCUCAGGAUCUGAGGUUUCUGUAGCUGCUUCCAGUGCUGGAAGAGGAUCUCCAGCUGUAACUCUAGUGCAGUUGCCUUCUGGUCAAACUGUUCAUGUCCAGGGUGUCAUUCAAGCCACACAGUCCUCAGUCAUUCAGUCACCACACAUGCAAGCUGUUCAGGUAGCAUCGAUUGCAGAUGAAGCUGCACAAUCAGAAGUGAUAAUUGAUUCUCAAAAGCGUAGGGAAAUACUUUCAAGAAGGCCUUCAUACCGAAAAAUUCUGAAUGAACUCUCAUCAGAUGCUCCUGCAGUAGCGAAGAUUGAAGAAGAAGAGAAGUCAGAAGAUGAAGGAACGCCUUCUGGUAUUUCUGCAAUGGCCAUGCCAACCAGCCUCUAUCAUACUAACACGGGGCAAUACCUUACCAUAUCUCAAGGUGGUACUAUUCAGACUGUGACGAAUUCAGGAGCUCCUCAGCCAGGCGCUACCAUUGUGCAAUAUGCAGCACAGUCAUCUGAUGGCACACAACAGUUUUUUGUUCCUGGAAGCCAAGUUGUUGUUCAAGCUGCCACUGGAGACAUGCCAGCUUACCAGAUUCGAACUCCCACUACUACCUUACCUCAGGGAGUGGUUAUGGCAGCCUCACCAGGGACUUUGCAUAGCCCUCAGCAAAUGGCAGAAGAGGCAACACGCAAGAGAGAGCUGAGACUUUUGAAAAAUAGGGAAGCUGCUAAAGAAUGUCGGCGUCGGAAGAAAGAAUACAUAAAAUGUCUGGAGAGUCGUGUUGCAGUGCUAGAAGUUCAGAACAAGAAACUUAUACAGGAGCUUGAAACCCUAAAAGACAUUUGCUCUUCCAAAACAGAUUAGUAAAAAUAUUUAUUAUACUGUGAACUAAGAUAUGUCCAGUUGCUUUGUAAGACAAUACAUAGCCAACAUAAUUAUGGCUUUCUCUUUGUGUCAUUUAUAAUAUAUUCCAAUUCCUUACAUUCCUGAAUGCUUUCCUGCUUUUUGUCAUUUCAUAGCUCUAAUUUCAGGUUUUUCAUGCUCCAUCCUUCUGUCUCCCAAGGAGCCAAAUGUUAAAAAAUACAACAAAGUAAAAAAGCGCAUAAUUUCUAUGAGCUGUUUCUUUGCCAUAUAUUUACAUACUACUUUUUACAUGUUACUGAGUGUCCUGCACAUUCAAAAUAUUUUGCAAUUGUUUUAGAUGAAUCAUAAAGAUAAUGCAUCCAGUAAUASAAGAAAAUCAAACAACCCAAGGUAUCUCAGGAAAGAGUUUAUAAAAGAAUGUUAUGAUUAUAUGUAUGUACUAGCAUACUAGUCUACAGAUGAUUUUAUGGCAUAUUUUUAUAUUAGUUGCUUUGUGGAUAAAAGUAUUGUAUUGCUGUCACUGAGUGCCAUGGUUAAAGAUAGUUUUUAAUAGAACCAUGUUGUUUAACCUGUGUAGUGUCUGAUUUCCUUUAAAAGCCUGGUUGAGAUGCUUUACAAUCCAUGAGUAUCUGAAAGAAGACAAAAGGAAAAAAGCACACCUAAGCUCAUGACUGAUGCUAAGUAUAUUGUAAAUACCUGUAAGAAGCUGUUAUAUGGCUAUUUACCUAUAUUUUCUGUAGUCUGCAGAAUAUUUGAUUUAUUGGAGGUCUGUAUAUCAAGAUUUAAAUUUUCAUCCUGAAUACUUCACAUUCUAGAUCCUGUACACCUGUGGACAGUUGCCUAUAGUGAAGAUUCAUGGUGCAGUUCUUUUCACAAUUUCAGCAAACUACUGAGUGGUGGUCAAGGUGUCCUAAAAAGGAAGCUUUCCAAUAAACAGUAACUAUUUGCUGAUUCACUGGGGUCUGGAGUAGCCUAUAGAUGAGACCUGAAGAUUUUAAAAAUAAACCCAUGUUUAAACCAGAUUACAGCUCUCAUAAAUGCAGUAUGUGCCAACUUUCCAUUGUGCUUUGAAAAAAAAGUUGUGCAUAUGCAAAGUUGCUUCUGGGUAUUUCUUUAAUAGAGGAGUGAUCUAAUUGUUUGGCCAGUCCAGUGUAUGAGCCGAGUAUUUGGGAGCUUUGCUGGAACUAAUAGCACCAUUGCCUUACUGAUGUGGUAGGAAGAAAGGCCUUGGUUACUACUUAACUGGCUUUACUGAUGGGAGUGURUGUGUUUGUGGAAGGGGAGGAGGGAUGGAAUCAUACUGAAGUCAUUGAGACUUCUUAAUUCAGUUAAAACUGAAUUUGCAUUUAACCCUCUUCACUCUGACCCUCUUGGGAUGGGUUGGUUUAUGUAUGUAUUUUUUUCUUUUUUCCCAAAUUACUUGAAAUACACAGUAUAAUUUUCUUGAAUCUCUUGGAAAUCCCACUAGGUACCUAAGUGAGACCAUUUGUAAGAAGAGGUAUUCUCUCUCAUUUCCUGCAGCCACAUCAGUUGAUUUAAGGAGGAAACAAGAUGCCUUCUGGCCUCUAAGGCUCUGCUGCAGGUCUGGAACAAAAGUAAAGUAAACUUUGAAAUACCUUCUUCACUGUGAAAGUACGUCUGAAGCGCUAAGGUCAUCAGAAUUCAAAGGUUCUGUUCAGGUUGGACAGGAUGAAUGCAAUCUGCAGGUCCAUGUUGCAGCCUCUGUAGUGCACAACUAAGUUGUUUGUUCUGACURUCACUGAAGUCUAUUCUGUUACAGGUAGGCAUUGCUCCUGACUCGCAAGGGAUUUGGAAACUSAAGUAGUAACUUGGGUGUGUGUGGUAGAUAUCUCUCCACUAAAAAGUCCCCUUUAUCUUCACAUCUGUCUGGUACUAACUGUAGUUGCAAAUUUGAUAGGAGGAAUAUUCCACAUCUGUGUAGUUUACAGUMUUUUCUUCAGUAAUGGAAUCAUAGAAUGGUUUGGGUUGGGACGAACCUCAAAGAUCAUCUAGUUCCAAACGCCCGUGCCAUGGGCAGGGGAUGCACUCACUACUAAAUCAUGUUGCUUAGAGCUCCAUCCAACCUGGCCUUGAACACUUCCAGAGAUGGGGCAGCCACAACUUCACUGAGCAGCUUGCUGAGCGCUAACCUCUGAGUUAAUAACUUACUCCUAGUAUCUGAUGUGAAUUUAAUGAAUGGCUCUUUCGCUUUAUAUCCAUUGCCCCUUGUUKUGUCAUUGUCUGUGUAAGAAGUUCUCUCCUUCUUUCAUAUAAGCCUCCUGUAAGUACUGAUAGGCUGCAAUGAGGUCUCCCUGGAACUUUCUAUUCUCCAGGAUGAACAAGCCCAACCGUCUCAGCCUGUUUUAGUAGGAAAGGUGCUCCUGCCCUGUGRUUAUGUUUGUGGCUCUCCACCAUACCUGCUCUGACAUGCUAUCCUGUGCUGGGGGCCCCAGAGCUGGAAGCAGCAUUGCAAGUGGGUUUUUACCAGAGCAGAAUAGAGGGGCAGAAUCCUCUCCCUCACCUGCUGCCAUCCAUCUUUGGAUGCAGCCCAGGAUGCACUUGGCUUUCUGGGCAGUGAGCACACACUGAGGCAGAAUAAUUGAUGAGGUGCAAGAAAAGACCUUUUCAACACGGUAGUAUUCCUAAUACAGGAACAUCAAGUUAAUCUCAGUUUAUUAGAAGAGAAUUUGAGCACUACCAAGCUUUGAUUUGUCAGAGCCCCUAAUUUUGUUUUUUCCUUAUCAGAAAAAAAGGCCAAAAUAAUUGUGGGGUUUUUUUCCUUUCUGUUAGAAAGCUGCAUUUCUAUGGUACGAAACUCCUUUCUUGCUGAAGCCACACAAAUGCAAAUUCCUUUAUCUAGAGGAUUUGCCUCUAAGGAAGAGUGUACUGAGGACUGCAUAGAUUUUUAAUUUUUUUUUUUCAAAAUAGAUUUUCAUGUAGCUUAGGUAAAAUACUCUCUUGUAAAAUGUCUUCAGCUUCCUUGAGUUGUGGGCGAUGAGGAAUGUAAUAGUCAGCUUCCUCUUAAGGUACAGCUUUGAGUCACAGCUGUUUCCUUCUUAAGCAGAUGUGCAAAGAGAAAUCUCUAUAGACUAUCCAGACAGAUCUCUCUUUGACUCUCUAAAACAGUCUCAGCUGUUUUGGCCAGUGAAAAAAGAGAUUAAAAUAAGUAUAUUGUGUGAGUAUUUGGGAGGACUUUUUGAUUGUUGUUCCCUUAGAUUUUGCUUUUUGCAAGAAUAAUUACAGAUUAUUUUUUGCAAGAAUAAUUGCAGAUUAUUUUUUGGCUACACUGAUACAGUCCUGAGGAGUGCAAGUUGACUCCUGCUUGGUUUUCCUUUCUUCUUAUYGAACAUAAUUGCUGAUCUGUACUGGUACCUGCAGACAUCACUGUAAUAGCUAAAUUCGGGGUGAUCUUUCUCUGAAUGAAGUUAUCACUUCAAAGAAAACGAAGUUAUCACUUCAGCUUCUAGUUUGGAUUGACUCAUUUUGCCCACAGGUUUUUUAGUUUCAUCUCCUUGCUGUUUAGUGUGUGUGUGGGUGUGUGCAUGGCAAGACUGCAAUGAGUGCUGAGCUGUUAAGCAGCUGACAGAAGUAACUGUCUUUUGGUUGUCAGCCUUUCURUAUGAAAUGUUGUCAUGUGGGGAGGGGAAUCUAGUUUUGUUGAAGAUUUUUUUUUUUCGAAGGCAAUAUGAGGCUCUUCUGGAUGAGGAAUAACAGUGAUCUCAUUAUUCCAGCAAAASUGUUCUACUGUUUGCCUAAUUUAAUAACUGAGGAAAAUUAUUUAGGUAAAUGCUAAAGCAAUUUGAUAGUCUCUCAUGCCAAGUGGAAAUGGCAGAUAGCAAAAAUCAAUUUAUUCUGUGUCUAAUGAAUCUUGAGUAUAUUUUCUCAGGUUUCUCUUUUUUUCUGAUUCUGAGUUAGAACUUCCUUCUUGCAACUAGUUUGUUUCAACACAAGCUGUGAAUAUGCACGAAGUCUGAGAGGAAGAGAGAGUAGUGUGAGAGUUGAGUGCUGCAUGUAAACUAAAGAAAUAAUAGCUGCAUUGUAUUCUGUGGGAUUUGAAUGGAAAAAACAGUGAAGGAAGUGUCUUUGUUAUCGUAACUGCUGAGCUUUUUCCUCUCCUUUAAUAGCCUGUGCCAGUGGAAUUGGGUGUGAUUAAUACAUCUUGUGAAUGGAAUCAUGGUUGUAAAAAUGUCACAAUUCAGAAACCUGGUUAUCUAGCCAAGUCACUGGUUUUGUUUUGGCUUCAAAAACAUGAUUUCCAAACAUCCGUGAAUGAGGCUUUUAAUAUUCUCAUUUUCAUUAUCCUCUCCUCUGCCCCUUCCCAGUGUGGUUAUUCUCAUACCAGGUAUGAGCUGCUGCAGAGCUUUUUAAGCCCAGUCUGGACCACAGGCUUUGUUUUUUCUAAAAUAGUCCUCUUAAAGGUUUUUUUUCCUCACGAAGUAUUUUAUUUCUCACAAAGUAUUUUAUUUCUCACAAAGUAUUUAUCAACAAUUUCUAGCUUUCUUAAUUCUUACAGAAGUGAGAGAACUGCUAACACAUUUUUAAGUUUAAUACGUACUGAGGUCUUUUGCUUGAUGAAGUUGAUUUUGAAGAACUGGAUUCUCCAAGAACCUAUUGUUCUAGUGAACUAAAAGCUUUCUGAAUUUUGUCAGCUGGCAUGCAAACAAGAAAAUGCUUAAAUCCUUGACACCCUUGCAUUUUGACCAGUGAAGUUGUUGGCUGGUUCAAAGAUCCAGACAUGGGCCUGGAGCUGCAGCUUUCGUAAUACAAGUGAGCAGCCCAAAUCUGUUGAGAUCUUUUUCUCUCAUUUGAGGUCUGAUCUAAUUUUCUGAAGUUUGUCUGCUAGAAAUGGUCCUAACAUGAAAUACAGCCACAGAGAAACAAGAAAAGGUAGGGUAGACUGAACAAAUUGUUUGAAAGCAGUGCUGAUAGAGAGUGUGACACAAAUAAGCAGGUAUGGUUAAGUUUGCAUGUGGGACUGUUUUUAAAAAAUUGUUGUAUUUUUUGUGCAAGAACCCCGUUGGUCUGUGCAGGGUUCAGAGCUCUGCAGUGUUGAGCACACGAUGAAAAGUGUUAGCAUCUCAAAAUUGGUUCCACUUUCUUUUGUUGUAUCUUGUGUAAAUUGUCACCUAUAGGUCCCUCCCUCCCUCAUGCUAACAGACCUGUUCCAUACGUUCUUUAUUCUUUUUUAUUGGUAAUUUUUGUUUUCUUGAAAUUGUUUCCUGUGAAAUGACAGUUCCUCAUGUUUAUAUCAGAUUUCUUCUARUAUGCUUUGAAUCUGGUGGUCAACAGCAAUUAAAAGUUCGUAGAUGUGUCAAAGAUUUCUCAAAAGUUCAUGAAAAUAGGUAGUUAGCAAUGAAAGCAUGGACUCACUAAAGGAAAAGAUGGAAUGUAAGUUUUUUCAGUCUCGAGACAAUGUACUGGAAAUUCUCUCCUACAGAUUCCAGAGAAUUAAUUCAAUGAUUGCUCGUGAAUCGUAGAAAGUGAGGUUUUGUGCUGACAAUUGUUUGUAUUUUUGGAAGAUGUUCAAAUUUCUGUAGAUUAUACCAUAUUGUUUGAAAGGGCAGUGUCUCUAUAGACAAAAUGUAUUUUAUUAAAAAGCUUAAAUACCUUUCAGACCUAAGCUCUUUGGUCUGAUGUUGUUUUCURUCUCUUCACCAAGGCAGUGGUAGUUAGUAAAAAACUGUGCAAUGUAUCCUGAUAAAAUACUUGCUGGGUGCUCCCCGAAGUUGAAACAGUUACUGGUAUACUUUAUGUCCCCGCCCUCCUCACCCCACCCCACAUUUCAGCUAGGCAAAUGAGUUAAAAAUAGACUGGUUUUGAAAAACACUGUUUACAGAAUAAAAURCCUACUGGCUAUACUGUUGCAUUGUAGUAGCUCUGAGUAGAAUCUGGUAAUUGGGUCUUAAAUUUGAAAUGCUGGUCAUUUCUGACCUUUUGGGUAAAGUUCGAAGCAAAACAAGGCACGAUUUUUUUCCAGCUGUUUUAGAGUGACACCUUGUGGAGUAUAAAGGUCUGCACUUCACUUUCAAACUAAUACGGCAGCCAAAGGAUGUUUCAGAAGUAGGGAAUUUUUCGUGUCCCAUGGGGGAGAUAUGGAGGGGUGGGGUGUUCURUGGCUCUUGGGGACGCAAGCUCAUUUUUCCUGCUGUUCCUGUGUUAAUAGUUAUAAAUAAGUAAUUUAAAGUUUUAUAACCUGUCAAGAGGAAGAAAAACCAUAUUUUGACAGUUUUUCAAUUUAUAGUCUUUCUGACCAAUAGUUCCAUUUAAUGAAAAACCAAAUGAGAAUGAUUUAAUUAUCAUUAUCAUCAUUAUUAUUAUUAUUAAUAAAUUGUAUCUAAAUGCUAUUACAACUACUGCUAUUGAAACACAGCACUUGUUAGUUAUAGGUCAGAAAAAUUAAAUACAAUAAAAAGACCUAAGUAUCUUUUGAAAAAAUGGUGCGAAGACAAAAUGAAAUAAUGCAGUUUUAAUCCUGGCAUAUGAAAAUAUCAUUYUGGAAGGGGAAGGUAAAAAGGGGGAAUGCAGAGGGCAGKAAAAAUAAAGGCACAGUCAUGMUGAAAAUAAUUCUUCAGGCUAGAUAGAUUUCACUUUUCUGAUAAAUUGCACAGUUCUGCAUUACAGCUAUCACUGUAUAGUUUUCUGUCACCCACAGACACAUCUGCAAGUGACCAUGUGGAUAGUUCCUAUGUUUGUUUUUUCACAGCACCUGAGAAGUGGGUGAACUGAGCACCUUAACAGAAUGUUUUUUGCUCUUUCAAGAGUAUUAGCCAAAUACAUGAGAUGUGAUGUCAAUCUAGAACAACAAACGGAUUUUAUAUGAUACCUGGKCCUGAAUAUGGUAACUGGAUCUCUCAGUAGAAGCUUUGUACACAAUACAUGACUGCUUACAUUAAAAUCAGAAAAGUUCAUAGGAGUAGGCAUAGAAAGUCCAAGACUUCAUUCUUCAGAUUUCUGGGUAAGUUUGUUAAUUGCUUGAAGUGAUACUUGUCUUACCUAACAAUGAUARUCUAAACUCUAGUUAUUUCUCUGUAGUCUAGGUCUGUAUUUCAGUGGGAUGGCAGGCAGCAUUUUCACAGUGCAGUCCAUAACUCCAUCCUCWGAGUUAUGUGCCCUUGAUGAAGUCCCUUUCCUGCCAGUGAACAAACAGUUCAGAGAAGAGCUAGAAACGGAGGCCUGAUUUUUCAAUUGAAGUUUACCAAGAUCCACUCAACCCCAAGGUUACGAAUUCUUGACCUUAUCCAAGACAGAUCAACUUUUAUCUUGAAGAAAAAAUCCUAAGAGAAAYAGCUGUGGUAAGGAAGGGGAGAUGGUAUUGUCAGAAUAAUGAUGUAAAGACAGCAGACCCUGACCAGUAUGGUUGCUGAAGACUUUCCAGUAGAGGUGAGAUUGAAUGUUCUUUGUCAGAGAAAUUGGAUCCUACACAUCUGGGAGAGUGAUCCUAAUGCUGUGCCGUAGAAGAUGCUCCACAAACAUCCCAGUCAUGGAUUAUGUAAUUUUAAAGGGUAGUCAUAGUUUUGUUGGCUUCAUAUGUCAAGCUUGAUCUGAAAGUAUGAGGUAGGUUUUGCAACUUYGAAGCUAACUGAAAACCCUAAUGCUCUCAUAGGUGUUUUGCAUUCAGGUUAGGUUGAGUGUAAGCAGCAGCUCUGAGCACUGAAAAAAUUUGUAGCUGUUGACAGAAGCAAAACUGUAGCCAUGUCAGGAGCUCUUAAGUCUGAGAUAUCCAAAUUCAUUCACAUCCCAUUUUAAAYAGCAAAACCUUGUCCUUAGAUAUGGCCUUAUUGCAAUAUGCAUAGUCAAAUAUGUUCUCGUUAAUAUUUCUACUGGUGAAUGUGGAUAUAAUUAAGCUUGAAGUAUGAAGAUAUCCAUGAUUUUUAAAUACUAAUGAUUUUUUWAAAUUCUCUUCUCUUUGUUCUUCCUUAUCAGCUAAUAUAUUUUAAYUUAUUUAGCAUUAAGUAAAAACUUAAUUAUUUCUGACUAGUUCCUAACUUUUUGAAUGUUUUCUAGAAAUAUAUGAUGGAUAUUUACAAAAUUGAAAAACUGCAUAAGAAUAAAAAGAGGGCUUGAGCUAAUGUGUGACUCUGCAACUCUGGGGAAUGAGUCAACUAUUCAUUUGGAAUUGAAAAUACACAAUCCCAGGAGGGUAUAAUAAAGUGUUGUUGAGCUAUCUUGUUAAAAUAUGUUGGAUUUUUGUCAAUAGUUAAUUGUCAGCAAUGUUUUGUAAAUGAGAAUUCACUAUUACCUAUGAAACAGUCUCAGAGUAAAAACCCGAAACUCUUCAAAAGAUUUAUCUUUUGUUUUGUUAGGGAGGAAGGUUUAAAUUUGAACAUUGCACAAAUUUUAUAUUGCAAUAAAGUUCCCUGACCCAUA